AUCAUGUAUGUACACAGAAAAUACAUGUAAAGUGACUUCGGAAGACGGCAAGACUGUCUUGACAUUGACACUGGAUUUGGUAAAGGUUUUGCGACCGACUAACCUGAGCCUCCUGCUCCGUAUCCGCAGCAUUAGGCCUCAUGGAGCUGGAGACCAGACACCUGCUGUGCACCAGGGAGCUUGAUCCAUGCCCGGUUCCCAGUAAACAAACAUAAGGCGUGGGAACCUUAAUUACCCUUAACUUCCCUUUCCCCCUCCUUCCCCCAAAAUUCCCCGUGGUUAACUCGUCCUCUCCAUUUUCUGGUCCCAACAGCAUGAUUGGCAAGCUGAAACAGAACUUGCUGGUGGCCUGUCUGGUCAUCAGCUCAGUCACAGUCUUCUACUUAGGCCGCCAUGCCAUGGAGUGUCACCAUCGCAUCGAGGAGCACAGUCAGCCAGGAGGAAUCCUGUCUUUAUCUGCAGUGGGAGGCAGCAUGCGAACCACCUUACGAACAGGCCAAAACCUUAGCACGCCUUUCAUCUACAACAAAGACAUGCCACUCGUCUUCAUUGGUGGCGUGCCCCGUAGUGGGACCACACUAAUGCGUGCUAUGUUGGACGCCCACCCCGAGGUGCGCUGUGGUGAAGAAACUCGUGUCAUCCCACGUAUCCUGGCCAUGAAGCAGAUGUGGAGCCGCUCGGGCCGGGAGAAGAUGCGUCUGGACGAGGCUGGUGUGACUGAUGAGGUGCUGGAUGCCGCCAUGCAGGCCUUCCUGCUGGAAAUCAUUGUCAAACACGGUGAGCCCGCCAACUUCCUUUGUAACAAGGACCCAUUUGCACUGAAGUCUCUUUCUUACCUGGCCAAGAUAUUUCCCCGUGCCAAGUUUGUGCUCAUGAUUCGUGACGGUCGGGCUUCAGUCCACUCCAUGAUCUCACGAAAGGUGACCAUUGCCGGCUUUGACUUGGGGAGCUACAGGGACUGCCUGACCAAGUGGAACCGGGCCAUAGAGACAAUGUACACUCAGUGCCUGGAUGCUGCAGACAAAUGCCUACCUGUGCACUAUGAACAAUUGGUCCUGCAUCCUGAAAAGUGGAUGAGGACGCUGCUGAAAUUCCUUGAUAUUCCCUGGAAUGAUGCUGUUCUCCAUCAUGAGGAGCUCAUUGGGAAAGCUGGAGGAGUGUCCCUCUCCAAGGUGGAGAGAUCCACAGACCAGGUCAUCAAGCCAGUUAAUGUGGAGGCCUUGUCCAAAUGGGUGGGAAAGAUCCCAGCUGAUGUGGUGAGGGACAUGGCCGUCAUUGCACCUAUGCUAGCCAGGCUAGGCUACGACCCACAUGCCAAUCCCCCAAACUAUGGUCAACCGGACCCUAAAGUGCUGGACAACACCAGAAGGGUCUAUAAAGGUGAAUUUCAGCUCCCAGAUUUCCUAAAAGAACAACCACAGAUCCAGAAGUCUGCAGAGAGACCGAACCCCAGUUAGGAGCAGAGGCAGCGCCAGCACCAAACACACAGGACUUGUAGUGAAACAGAAGAUUGUGGAUAUCGUCUCACUCAUGUCACAUCCCUGUUCAGCUUUGGCACAUCUCAAGUGUCACAUGACCACAGCUGGACACCCCCCCCCCCCCUUCCCGCAGGUGGACUGCUAGCACUCCUCGUCUUCAGGAGAACUCGGCGUUCAGCAUCGUACUGUACAAAAAACAAACCUUAAUGUCAGCACCACCGAAUGUCUGCCGAUUGUCAUUUUCAGUGUUGUCACGCUCAUCAGCUUGUAAAAAUGAUUUUUGGCCUUUUAGAGAGAAACUCACAACAAGUAUUUAUGAAUGGGGAAAUUAGCGUUUGGAAGAUGCGAUACCUAUUUUGAUGAUGAUUUUUCUUUUCUUUUUUCCAUGCCUUUAUAUUGUGCAAUGUCAUGGGUACUGAUCAGUUUGACGUAUCAACCGUGAUAAAA